AGCUCGCUUAUCGUGUGUGUGAAUCAGUGAAUCAAUCGAUUAGUGUAGUGUUCGUCCGCGUGUAUACCAUAACGUGUGUGAUGUGCGUGUCACUGUAUGUGUGGCUAUACUAGACAACAAGUCACUCUCAAUGUCUAAAAAGAAAACAACAUACGGACGGACGAAUACAUGAUAGUGGAUAAGUGACAAAUAAAAAUUGAAUUAGAAAUAAAUAGCCAAACGGAAAUAGUAGUGUGUCACAUUAAACUCGGUCGGUUAUUGCCGCAUUAACGCCUGCCAGUCGGGUGGUGUGCAUGAUGUUUGUUUGCAAAUGUAAGCACCCGUUUUUGUUUUUGGCUAAAAUCGUCUAGGAGCCUGAAAUUUACAGCCUAGUUAAUGUCGAAUUUAAUUUUUAGUUUAACAUACAUAUGUAAGCGCGAUAAUCACCAAAGAAAAAAUACGUAAAUUGUAUUCCCGCUUACUAGCACGGGAAACAAAGGAAACUCGUGGCUUCACAUUAAUCCGCAAUAAAUCAUCAACGAGUUUGAAACCAAUAAAAAAACAUUCACUAAAGCAGAUAUUCAUUCGCCAAGAACGGCGACGGCCAGCAUCAGUACGUCAUUAAAUGAAGUUGCAGCGGCAGCGGCAUCAAGAACAAUAACAAAAAGCAUACAUAUCUUAAUGAAAUGUUUAUUCGAAAUUUGAUAGAAAUAUUUCCCCAACAAAAGACAUUUCAAGGAAGAUACGACCAUUACAGGUGUUGGACAUCGUAGUAGCUUUGGCGAAAUCCCACCAACACUUUCUGCCCCUUAACAUCGUACAUUGUUCAACCAGCACCGAAGUGGAAGAAGAACUAAACAUUCAAAAUGGUGGAUUAUUAUAAAGUUCUAGAUGUGCCUCGUUCAGCGACAGAGGCUGAAAUAAAAAAAGCGUAUAGAAAAUUAGCACUAAAAUGGCAUCCAGAUAAAAACCCGGAUAAUUUGGAUGAAGCGAACAAACGUUUUCGUGAAUUAUCGGAAGCCUAUGAAGUUUUGUCCGACGAACGCAAACGAAAAAUCUACGAUUCACGCUCGACCUUGCACAAGAGCAGUUACAGCAGUAAUUCUUCGUCAUACACCUCUGGGGGCAGUUACGGUGGUUCAAAUGGUUAUCGCUACCGCACAACCGGUGCUAAAGGCUAUGGCGACUAUAUACCCAGUUAUGGUUCAUCAAAGCGUGGUAAUCGCUAUCAAACGUUCACCUUUAGGAAUCUCUUUGAGUCCACACCAUUCCAGAAAUUGUUCGAGAAAAAGCGUCGAGUAUACGAUCAGUAUGGCAAAGAAGGUUUGUUGGGAGAGCGAGGACAUCAUCGUUCUUCAAGAUAUCAUGGGCACGAGUUCGAUGAAUUUGAUAUAAUGGGUGGAUUUCCAUUUGUCUUCCGGCCGCCUGAAGAAGUGUUCCGAGAAUUUUUUGGAGGAAAUUCGCCGUUUGCAGAUCUAUUUCGAGAUGUUCACAGUUAUCAACACCCUGGCAGCCGGCGUUCGAAUGGUACAUCGGGUAGCAGUAGUCGCUCCCAUCAUCAUGGAGCAAACACGAAAUUGGCCUCGUCAUUUGCUUCCCCCAUGCUCAAUUACUCAAUGAUGGAUUUUUUAGUGCCCUCGAAUGGAUUCACUUCGUUUUCUAGUUACAGCAGUAUGUCCAAUGGAGGCCGUGCCGCUAGUGCAGGCACAAAUGGUGCCGUUAAGCGAACCUCAACAUCUACUACCUUUGUCAAUGGCAAAAAGCUUAUGACAAAAAGGGUCUAUGAAAACGGCAAGGAGACUGUAUUUUCGUACGAGAACGAUGUCCUCAAAUCAAAGACUGUGAACGGAGUUGCGCAGAAACUCUCUUCAAUUGCAAACUGAAUGCAAAGCCACACCACAAAACCAACUACCAACAUUAAAAAGUCAUUUUUUUUCAUAGAUACAAACUGAAGACCAACCCAGCCCUAAUCUAGACUUCCUUUUCCACUCACCUCGUUAGCCAUGGGAAGCAAAUCCACUGCACAAAUGCAGAUAAUCAACUCCUCAGAAAGCACACAAAAUUCUUGUUAUAUAUAUGUUUCUAUUUCUAAUUUUUUUUUAUAUAUAAUUUACUUAUGGUAUUUUGAUUUACGUACAUUUCUUAUAUUAAUUUUUAUUAUAAUUUUAAGUAUUUUAUUAAAACAAAUUUUGAACUGGAGCGGAGUAUGGCGAAGCAUUCCACUUGCUGCUAAAGUGCGGAUAGUGUGGGUGGCUAAUCAGCUGUUUGCUUUUACUUAAAUGCCGAAUCAGUUCACUGCCUAAGAAAAGGUGGACAAAAUAUAUGAAAUCGCUGCUUUGAUACGUAGUAAUGUAUAAAUUAUGUACGAUAUCAAAUUAAAAUUUUGUGUUUGAUUUUGUUCGUCUUUUCUUGUGGUUUCUUUAAGAUUAGUCUGUAACUACAAAUCUAAGAUGUUCGCUAGUUUAAUUAUAAUUUUGCUUUAAUAAUAAAAAUAACAUAUACAUUAAA